GGACAUCAAUGGUUCAAAUGAAUCUCUCCUGGUCGCGAGUACAACGAAAAGUGGUCGUAAGAGAAUUCAAUCCAGUUGGCAGCGCAACAGCUAUGGGAAAAGUUAUACGAAAAUAGUUCUGAACACGAGUUGCGAACUUUAUACGAAAAAUUGUGUGUUUUGGUGUGGAUUUUCGAAGAAUUUUUGUGAUAAAGUGUGUUUUUUUUUCUUAAUUUUUUUUUCGAGGAUUAUUUUGUGUUUCGCCGUUUUAUGGGAGUUUUUUUGUUUGAGUAAACAAAUCAACUAUGAGGUGACAAAACUGGCAUCAAACAUGACUUGUUACGGAGUGAAUCGAUGACCAAAAUAUAAAAUAAUCAACCAUCAUGAAGAAACCAAAGUUCAACCCCAAUUUGAUAUCACUGAAAUGUGUCAUCUUCCUAUUUUUUGGGGCUCUUGGAAGUCUUUUUCCCUUUCUUCCUCUGCAUAUGAACGACAUAGGUUUAUCGAAAGAUGAGGCAGUCACAAUUACAGCUGUGGCAGCCCUGGUUGCCACACUAGGUCCACUUGUUGUGGCACCCUUGUCUGAUAGAUUGGCUGGAACAUCUACAGGAGGUACAAGAAGUAAAUCGGGAAAAUACCUGAAGAUGAUGAUCGCCGUUUGUUUGAUUCUUUCUGUUAUUUUUUAUUGGUUGUUGGCAACGAUACCAAGAAUUCCUACAGCACUUUUAACUAAAAGAGGACCCUUGAAUGUAAGUUUUAUGUGUAAUGAACAAGGUGGAUACGUACUUCAAGACCGAUGUGAUAACGAAGAAACCUGCUAUAACUGGGACAGUGAAAUCGAAGGUACAGUGCUAUUAAAAAAUUGCGAUUUCACUUGUCAAGUAAAGCCGUCCUGGACCAAGAAGAUCGACGAGAUUUCUACGGAACCUUCGGCCAUCUUGAGCAGCACUGCCGAUUCAAGAAGUGAUGCUUACAGUGAAGCAGUUUACGAGGAGAAUGCUGAAGACUUUAUUGGUCCACCAAUAGAGGCGGAUAUUCCUGAAGCAGAAUCAACAACACCUAGGACUAUUGUCCUCGGGUUAGAUCCAAUCCCUCACAUGUGUCAUAUGACAGGACCGGCCGAUGACAGGAUUCAGAUUUGCGAUGUCUACACCCCUUAUUCUGACCCUAUCCCCUUUGAAAUCAGUCUGAAGCCGAAUGAAAAUGACACUACGUCUAACGAGACUGACAGUUAUUGCAGAUAUCCCAUAGCUACCGACUUGAAGUGUAGGUUGCCACCAGAGGUGGUACAACAGCUGAAAGAAGAAGACAUAGACUGCCGUCCAGUAAUAGGCUGUGAAAUCCACUGGCCUUACAACAACACAAACAGCUUACUCAAGAGAUCUCAGUGUGGUUACGAUAACAUCAGCUACUACCUUUACAUCCUCGUAAGAUGUCUUGGAGAUAUCUUCCCAGCUGCUGCAUUGGUCCUCAUUGAUGCUGCUAUCGUCAUAGCGACCAGAGAGACUUCCACCGGAAGAGGUGAUGUUGGUAAACAGUUCGCGUUGGGUGCUCUUGGUCUAGCCAUUUUUCCACCAUUGAUAGGAUGGUUGGGUAAUGGUAGUUUCUUGGUUGCAAUUAUUACCUUCACGGUAUUGAUGGUGAUAGCUGCUCUGAUUCUCAUCUUUGAUACGACGAUGCCUCUGAGUCCUCCAGAAUGGUGGUGGCACACUAGAUGUGGGAUGUUGGCCCUGCCCAUGUCUUCUGUAAGGAAGUAUGGUAUUGAAGUGAUUGCAUUAGGAAUAGUGUUCUUCUGUCUGGGAAUAUUCUGGAACGCUAUAGAUGCCUUUUUGCCAUGGCACAUUGUAAAGCUGAAUAACCCCUCAGCUGCAAUCAUUGGACUGACAUACGCUAUAGGUGCUAUACCUGCAAUAGCUUAUCUAACAUUUGCAGAAAAAAUUGUGGACUACUGUGGACACUCCAAUAUUUUGAUACUCUGCUUCGUCAAUUACAUAGUGCAUCACUUAGCUCUUGUUCUAAUUCAAGAAGCAUCGUUAAUAUUGGUCUGUGAAAUUCUGGAAAUCAUUUCUCUACACUUUAUGUGGGUAACAGCCGUUCUAUAUCUAAGACAUCUGGUUCCAAGAAAAUUCACUACAUGUGGUCAGGCAUUACCAGUUAUUGCCCAUUUCUGUCUUGGGAGAUUCGUGGGUGCUCUACUUGGCGGUUUAGCGUAUUCCGAGUACCCAGAUAACUUCAAAACGGUCCACAAAUGGUUCGCAAUUGCAGCAGCCAUAAUAGCUACCAUUUAUUUCUUCGCGUACCAUUUCUACCUAAAAUUUUACUGUAUUCCUCCGACUCAACUUCCACCAGACCCGGCGCCAUCUACCGUUCAACAUAUGAAUGGCAACGGAAACUAUACACCUCUAAGAGUUUAUCACAACAGCAGCUCCAAAAAAGGUCACUUCCGAUAUUAGGAAGAACUCCAUUCAACCUAUCUGUGUUCUUGCAUCUGUAUAUACAGAACUGAUAAAUAACUUUUUUAUACUUUUAUUCACUGUAUAUAGAAAAUACAAUUUGAUGAAAAUUUAUGCAUUACGAGUAAAUUUAUUAUGAGCUUCAAUCGGAUUAUAUUGCUUUUUGCCAAUCGAAGUUUUGUUGUGUUUCGACUAUUUUUUUUAAUAUUCUUAUCGUUUUAUAUUUUAUAUAUUUAAUGUAUUUAUAUCUGAUUAAAAUUGUAUGAUAAGAAAUGUA